ACGUCGUGAUUGGUGACAACAACCGCACCCCGGGCGAGAGACCUUGUGCUGAAGGCGGAAGAGAACGAAACAACUAGCUCCUCCAUGAGCCAGCUGUCCUUAGGAGAACUACACCACGCUACCUGAACUCUUCCAGAUACAUUUAAUCCCCGCCAUAUUGUGGACCACGCCGCAUUAAAGGGAAGACGUUUACGGACAUGGCGACAUCCAGACCGUGUAUCGUGAUCGCUGAUGAGGAGCAGGGCUAUGAUCUGGACCUGUUUUGCAUUCCAAAGCACUAUGCAUGUGACUUAGAGAGAGUUUACAUCCCACAUGGACUCAUUUUGGACAGGACUGAAAGACUUGCCAGGGAGAUUAUGAAGGAAAUGGGAGGACACCACAUUGUUGCCCUCUGCGUGCUGAAAGGUGGCUACAAGUUUUUUGCAGACCUGCUCGAUUCCAUUAAAGCCCUGAACAGGAACAGCGACCGCUCCAUCCCCAUGACAGUGGACUUCAUUCGCCUCAAGAGCUACUGUAAUGACCAGUCAACAGGAGAAAUCAAAGUCAUUGGAGGAGAUGACUUGUCUACUCUGACAGGCAAGAAUGUCCUAAUUGUGGAGGAUAUUAUUGAUACAGGGAAGACGAUGAAGACAUUAUUGCAACUCCUUAAGCAGUACGAGCCCAAAAUGGUCAAAGUUGCAAGUUUGUUGGUGAAGAGGACGCCAAGAAGUGUUGGCUACCGGCCAGACUUUGUGGGGUUUGAGAUCCCUGACAAGUUUGUGGUGGGAUAUGCCCUAGACUACAACGAGUACUUCAGAGAUCUAAAUCAUAUCUGCGUCAUUAGUGAAACCGGGAAGGAGAAGUACAAAGCAUGAAGAGCACUUUAUGUACACUCUGAUGUGCAUUUUUUUUGUAAGAGCCCCAUUUUAUAUUUGAGUGCUGCAUGCUCAGGGUAUUCAGGGAUGCACUGAUAUGGUGAUGAUCUCGAUAUCCUUUAAAUUUUUUCAAUUAUUUAAUUAAGCUUUCUGAAGAUAGAGCAACUUCUGGCGUAUACAGGAUGGUGCACAGAUAUGCUUAAAAUCUAUAAUCUGUCUGCAGAAUUAUUUGGCUUGUGAAUACCGGUAGUUGGCCUUUAAAUGGUCAAGUCCUUUGGUUUUAAAACUUCAAAAUGUCAAUAUUUAAUUAUUUAUUGUCCAAUUUAGCAAGAAUAAUAAUUUCACUCUUAUUAAAGACAUAAAACAUCGACGAAAAAGUAAUUGUUUAAGAUAAAUGUUUUUGCAAAAAAAUUAUUUUGGCAACAAACUGGCAUGCGCCAUCUAACCCAUUUGUGAUGUUUAUGAGGGGGACAAGCAGUUGAAGAUGGAUGUGUAGAUCAGUGCUUCUCAAACAUUUUCUGUUACGUGCCCUCUCGAAAGAAGAAAAUAUUUUGCACUCUCAAUCAUAAAUAUAGAUAGUGUCAUUUGUCUAUAAAAUUGUUAGAUAUAACAUUGUAAGCUAAUUACAUUAAAGAAAACAAUAGAGGAAUACUUCGAAGAACUCCUCUAUCCCACCAACACGUCUUCCUAUGAGGAAGCAGUCCCUGGGGAAUCUGGUGGGCUCUCCUAUUUCUGGGGCUGAGGUUGCCAAGGUAGUCAAAACGCCCGAAGUUCAGUGGACAUCGAGGGGGCGGUACCUCUGGAUUGGCAGACCGGGGUGGUGGUUCCUCUCUUUAAGAAGGAGAACCGGAGGGUGUGUUCCAACUAUUGUGGGAUCACACUCCUCAACCUUCCCGGUAAGGUCUAUUCAGGUGUACUGGAGAGGAGGAACAGUGUGGUUUUCGUGGAUCUGUGGACUAGCUCUAUACUCUCGGCAGGGUCCUUGAGGGUGCAUGGGAGUUUGCCCAACCAGUCUACAUGUGCUUUGUGGACUUGGAGAAGGCAUUGGACCGUGUCCCCCGGGAAAUCCUGUGGGGAGUACUCAGAGUAUGGGGUAUCGGACUUUGAUUGUGGCGGUCCGCUCCCUGUAUGAGCAGUGUCAGAGCUUGGUCCGCAUUGCCGGUAGUAAGUCGGACCCAUUUCCAGUGAGGGUUGGACUUUGACAAGGCUGCCCUUUGUCACCGGUUCUGUUCAUAACUUUUAUGGACAGAAUUUCUCGGCGCAGUCAGGGCAUUGAAGGGAUUCGGUUUUUUAGCUGCAGGAUUAGGUCUCUGCUUUUUGCAGAUGAUGUGGUCCUGAUGGCUUUAACUGGCUCUGAUAAGCGGAAGAAGAUGGCUGGAAAACAACACACCGGUCUUUCCUCAUCUCCCACCGUGGUUCUAGUAAAGCCAAGUGCCACAUAGGCUUCAUCGUAUUCUGGUAUGGCCAAAAAAGUAUGUUUCCCCCUGGCAUCGCACCGUGCCCUCCCAGAGGGUCUGCCCCACUAUUUGAGAAAGACUGGUGUAGAUGAAUUAAAGAUUGCACAAUCAGAGGGUAGGCUCUGCUCAAGACUGCCUCAUUGCAGGUUUCAUGCGAAAGUGAGAGUGUGCAUCAUCAAGCAUUAAUUUCUGGCAUUGGCAAAUGCAACUUUCUCAACUACCAAAUGUUGCUCUUUGUGACUUGCUUGCAUGAGAAUAACUUUUUCAAUAUGUUAUUCAGUGAAAACAAACAAGAAGCGGUUAUUACUGCUACGGGAAAUUAUUAUUAUUUUUUUUUUAAGAAACUAAGGACUGAUCACUGUCCUGAAAUGUUUGAUCUUUUCUUUAGGUUAAAACUGACAAUGCCAAAGAAUAAUGGGAAGGAAAAUAUUUUAUUUGCCUGAUAAUUUUGCACACAGACUUUCUGUAUGAAGAAGGCUUGAGGAAGAUAAAACUCACAUUUCAAAUUCAAUUAUUUGCUGCUCCUGUGCACCAACGUUGUCUUGUAGCUUUCACAGUUGCUAUGGAAAUAUGUAUUAUAAGCAAUCCUGCUUGCUUCAAGUAAAGUACAAUAUCACAAUGCAUGUGUCAAUUAAAAUCUUCAAAAUUGUACAACUAUAUAUUUUUUUCUGCUUGGAUUGAAGCUGUUAACAGAUGUUUUACAAUAUACCCUUUUGUCUGCUGCAUUCUAAAAAAAAAACAAGAUUUUUCCAACUUGUGAACAAUAAUUAUUUGAGAGUUGAGUUAUUUGAAUUCAAGCUGUUAAGUUUAUGCUGUACAUCAAUAGCAGACAAUCUGUCUAAGAUCAACGUUUAAAUACAAUCACGCGCAAGUUUAACAUUUCAAUCAAGGGAAAACAGAUUGAACAAUGUUUUUUUUAAUACCCUUUACCGCUCAAAAGAAAGACAUGUUUUGUGUUCUGUUGCUCAAUAAAUACCGACCAAACAUUU